AUGAGUGAACAGAGAGAACAGGAAAGUGCAGAAGUAGUCCAGGUUGUUGAAGGGGACGAUGAGGAGAAUGAAUCAUGUACGCCGCUGAAUGGCGAUACAAGUGAUACCAAGAAAAGGAAGGGCGAUGAGGGAGACGAUGAUGAGGACGAAGAAGAAGACGAGCAUGACGACGAUGAUGAGGGUGCAGAAGAAGAUGAUGAGGACGAUGAAGGAGAUGAGGAAGACGAAUACAAUGAAGAGGACGAUGAAGGAGAUGAGGAUGAUGACGACGAUGAGGAUGACGAUAAGGACGACGAUGAUGAAAAAGAUGAUGAUGAUGAUAUGGAUGGAGAUGAUGAUGGGAAGGACGACGAUGAUGAGGACGAAGAUGAGGACGAAGACGACGAUGAUGAGGACGAAGACGACGAUGAUGAGGACGAGGAGGAUGAUGAUGAACAAGAGAAAGAAGAAGAUGAUAAUGACGAACGAGACUCGCACAACGACGGCGCGGAUGAAGACCCUUACAUGCUAAAAGACGCGACGUACAUCCAAAAGAACGAGCUCUGGAGAAACCGACAGAGAGUUCUGAUCGUGAGGUCGCCGCUAAAAAAAAAGAACUGCAAAUCGUUCGUCGAAAAUUUAAAGCUGUUGCUACCGCAUCAUAAGACGGAAAGCAAGUGGAACAAGAAGGCCAAAAAAAGCGACCUAUGUGACAUAAGCUACAGCAGAAACUGCAAUAACAUUAUCUUUUUUGAUAUAAAGAAAAAAAGAUAUUGCUUGUGGAUAUGUAAAAAUAAAACAGGACCUUCUCUAUAUUUUGAGAUCUUGGAUUAUAUCCCCUUGCACAGUUUACUUUUUUCUGGGAACUGCUUAUUGUAUUCAAGGCCUUUAUUAAUUUUUAGUAAGGCAUUUGACGAAUUGGAGCACCUGAAAUUAAUCAAAGAGGUUUUCAUUCAAGUGUUCGGGACGCCCAACUACCAUCCGCUGAGCAAACCCUUCUACGAUCACUGCUACUCUUUUGUGCAUGUGAAUAAUUUGAUUUACUUUAGACAUUACCAAAUAAUGCCAAUAACUUUAGCAGAUUCUAACAAUGUUAAUAAGCAGAAGUUGGUGGAAAUAGGGCCCAAGUUUACUCUACAUAUUAUUCGAAUCUUUGAAGAGUGUUUCAAAGGGAGAGUUUUGUACGAAAAUGUAAAGUACAAGAAUUAUGUGUCCCCACAGCAGAUGCGGAUGCAAAAGAAUGCGCAUAAGAAAAUGAACAAUUUAAAGAAGAAAAAGAAUAUGUCCAAGAGAGUGAAGUUUAUCCGGACCCCGAUUAAAAUGGACAUAGACUUUUAG